AUGAAGGUUCUUCUCACAGGAGGAACAGGCUUCAUAGCCACCCAUGUGCUCCACGAGCUACUGGAACACGGGCACAAGGUCGUCACAACGGUGCGAUCCGACGAGAAAGGACGCAUACUCCUAGAUCUAUUCAAGGGCAAACCGGUGUCAUAUUCGAUCGUCGGAGACAUCGCCCUCGAGGGAGCAUUCGACGAGGCUGUCAAAUCGGAUCCGCCUUUCGACGCCGUGAUCCACACCGCCAGCCCUUUCCACUACAAUGUCAAAGACAACAAGAAAGACCUGCUCGACCCCGCGGUGAUGGGGACUACCGGGAUUCUCAAAGCCAUCAAGUCAUCCGCCCCGUCUGUCAAGCGAGUAGUCAUCACUUCUUCAUUUGCCGCCAUGGCCAACCCACAGAACCCGCCGAAGGUGUACAACGAAGAAAUCUGGAACCAGAUGACCAUGGACGAAGCCCUGACAACGACCAAUGCACAAGCCGUGUACCGAGCAAGCAAGACGUUCGCGGAAAAGGCUGCCUGGGAGUUCGUGAAAACCGAGAAGCCGACUUUCUCUCUGACAGUCCUCAACCCGCCGAUGGUCUAUGGUCCGAUCCGCCACCACGUCGCAUCGUUGGCUGAGCUGAACACUUCUAAUAAACUCAUACUCGAUCUCAUGCUUGGCAAGCCGCGCGAUGGCCCGGCACCCUCGCCGAUUUAUAUCGAUGUUCGUGAUCUGGCAUUGGCUCAUGUCCUCGCGAUUGAAAACCCGGAAGCUGCUGGGCAGAGGUUCUUCGUCACCGCUGGCAUGGGGACGGAGAAGGAUAUGGGCGAUAUCAUUCGAAAAGCGUUCCCCGAUGUUGCAAAAAACUUACGAGAUGAUCUCGCGGACAGCCUUCCACCUUAUGCCAUUGACAAUAGCAAAUCGAUCAAGGUUUUGGGCAUGAAGUACCGGAGUCUAGAGGAGACGAUCGUGGAUACGGUCAAAUCUUUGCGCGAGCUUGGUGCCUAA